AUGCUGACCUCGGCCGCCCUUCUCCUUUCUCUCACAUCGCUUCUCGCCGCCUCUGCGGACUCUGUGGGCUACAGCCCCAAGAUAUCCAUUCGCGCCCUCCCCAACUCAGAGAUCCACCACCUCGAGAUCUACGGCGCGCCUGCCGGGCCCGACUUCGUCAGGGAACUCGUGUUCGAGAAGGUCAACGACACCCCCUACGGCUUCAAACUCACUGCCAUCGGACUCUCCGGCCACAACGGCCAAGGUGCACCUGCCAACCCGAGUCCGCCCGCCGGGGGCUGGCAAGCGGGUACAGGGACGUUCACGUAUGUGCUUGCAGGAAAGGAUCCGAUAUCUUGUCACCUCGAGGGGAACUUUGCGCCGGGAUCGAUCCCAGAUCUGUACUGGGACUUCGCGGACCCCGCGUACGCGGAUCAGGGCGAUUGUGCGCCGGAGCAGAGCGGGAUCCGACUCAAGUGCGGCACCGAAGCCAAUCCGCAGCCGAUGAAGUGCCGUACCAAGUGA